UGAGUAGUUCCUCUCAAACCACUAGCAUCCCCUCAAAUUGCAGGCUGCACCCCACGGUCUCCCCAAGCUGCUCCUUGGUUUACUCUACCUGGUCAUUGAAGAAUGAAGGACACAUUGAUGCGAUGGAAGUUGCCCAUAAUCUGCUUCAUCUGGCAGCUAGCAAUGAUUAUCCUCUUCGGAGUCUUCAUUCGAUACGAUGAGGAAGCCAACGCUCAAUGGAAUGUCAUCAGAAGGAUUCGGAAUAUCACCAGCGCGUUGGAAAACGAUUUCUACUUCAGGUACCCCAGUUUCCAAGAUGUCCACGUGAUGGUGUUUGUGGGAUUCGGGUUCCUGAUGACCUUCCUGAAGAGAUACGGAUUUGGAAGUGUCGGAUUCAACUUCCUCAUUGCUUCAUUCAGCAUCCAAUGGGCUCUGCUGAUGCAGGGCUGGUUUCACUCCUUAGACUUUAGCGAUGGGAAAAUCAAAAUUGGUUUGGAAAGUCUGAUAAAUGCUGAUUUCUCUGCUGCCUCAGUGGCAAUCGCAUUUGGAGCUGUCAUUGGAAAAGUGAGUCCAGUCCAACUGCUGAUCAUGUCACUGUUUCAAGUAACUCUGUAUGCAGUGAACGAAUUUAUCAUCCUGACCGUUUUAGGGGCUAAAGAUGCUGGUGGUGCAAUGGUUAUCCAUGUUUUUGGUGCUUAUUUUGGACUGACAAUCACACGUAUCCUAUACAGGGCAAAUUUGGAUCAAACGAAGAAUGAGUCAGUUUACCACUCUGACCUCUUUGCCAUGAUUGGUACUCUCUACCUCUGGCUGUUCUGGCCCAGUUUCAACUCAGCAAUUUCAAACCAUGGGGAUGCCCAACAUCGUGCUGUCAUCAACACCUAUUGCUCACUGGCAUCCAGUGUCCUCAUUGCCAUCGCCAUUUCCAGCAUCUUUGAGAAGAAGGGCAAAAUUGAUAUGGUUCAUGUUCAGAAUGCGACCCUUGCAGGAGGAGUGGCUCUCGGCACAGCUGCUGAAAUGAUGCUUACUCCCUACGGCUCACUGAUUGUUGGAGCUCUGUCAGGAGCCGUGUCAACAUUAGGUUUCAUCUUCCUCUCGCCACUCCUGGAAAAAUACCUUAAGAUACAAGAUACUUGUGGUAUCCACAACCUGCAUGGUAUACCGGGCGUGAUAGGAGCCAUUGUGGGAGCAGUCACUGCUGCAGCCGCCACUGAAGGAGUGUAUGGCAGAGAAGGGUUAAUCGAGGCUUUUGGUUUUGAGGGGCGAUUUGCGGAUCGGACGCCGAGUGUCCAGGGAGGUUAUCAGGCUGCGGCUCUGUGUGUCACGCUCCUUCUGAGUGUGGGUGGGGGAGCUGUUGUAGGUUUCAUUCUGAAGUUGCCAUUCUGGGGUGAUCCAUCAGAUGAAAACUGCUUUGAAGAUGAGGUGUACUGGAAGGUGUCAGUGGAUGAAGAAGCUCCAUUGUACAAUGUUCGCGCUGAUAACAACGAACUUAAAAAGCCUAAUUCAAAAGAAGACACCCCACAAUAAGCCUGUUUUACUUCGUUUGUCAUGAAGACAUAUGGAGAGUGUUUGUCGGAGACUUCUCUGCUGUUUGUAACUGAGCUACAAGUAAAAACAGCACCAUCAAUGAACUGACUCAGAAUUGUGCAAUAUGUUUUCCCUUUCAACCCUAUACAAAAGCGUCUGGUGGUGGAAUCCUUUGAGAUCCUCUCGUGAUAACCUGGUGGGGAUCAGGAUCAUAACCAACUUUUCAUCUAGUCUUACCUGGAACAUCAGCCCACACACCUGAGGGCUGUGCUGAGUCUUAAAACGAUUCAGGUUUUAAGGACGGAUCCGCUCAGGUCAAGGGCACCAACGUAGACAUCGACUCUCACCAGCAACUCUCCUGCCUGCUUGUUUGGUUUGUAAUUUCCCAUUGGUCUUUCCCCCUCACCUUCCCUGAAGGUGAUCACUUUGCUGCAACUCAUUAGUCCCACAGGGUAUGACAGGAAUGCCUUUCACUAUGCACCUGAAAGACCCCACAGCCAUUAAAUUAUUCCUUUUUAAGAGGUACAUUCACUGUUGAAAUAUUAACCAUCCUACUUAACACCACAAUUAAGCCUCAUUUUACUGUCAGUCAAAUUCCAUACACACUCAGGUGAAGAGGUGUAAUGCCACCUAUUAUUGUUGAAGGUAUGAUGGUAGUCUCCUGACCUCAAAGGCCUAAGCUCAAGUACCCCCUGCUCCACUGUUGUGUAAUAAUAUCACUGAAUAAGUUGAUUAGAAAAUAUCUUGAGGGUGAUAAGACAUGGACAGGCUAAUUUGCACCUCCUUGGGAUACCUUGCCCAUUCUCCUUCAAGCCAGUCAUUUAACUCUUGUAUUCCAUUGGGUGUCAAUGGAUAAUGAUUCGGGGAAAGGACUCUUGUUGGAUUGUAGUCCUUCUCUACCCAGUUCAGACUACAAAAGCCUGUUGCACUUCGGCUGGUCUGAACAGGGUCAACUGACUCAGCACCAAGCAGGUCCACAAACCUGAGAAUUUUCUACUCAAUUUAACUGCGUUCCUCUCCAUCUACCCACUCACCAUUUGGCAACAAAAGACCAGAUUUCUCUUAUUAUUCAGUUCUUUGUGCUCCUGGGAAUGGUUCUCUAUGUGAAAGCUGCUACUGAGAGAUGCAAAUCAUUGUUAUUUGGUAACUGAGCUUGUCUAUGCCACAGCAAUCCUGCAUCUCUCGUGCCUGGAACUUCCUGAUUGGCAUUUGUGGAAAUUACACCAAACUUUAUGCCAGGAAUUGUGGCAGUCUUGCCAAUAGAAACCCAUAUCCUGAAUUUUCCACUGGGCUCUUUAUUAUCAGAUCCACCACAAAGCAAGAAGCAUCUAAGCAGUCCAGACUUACCUUCAAAUUAUAUUCAAAAUCUCCAGAUGUUGGAGAGUCACAUUUUAACCUUUGUGAGUAUUUCUCUGGCCGGGACAGCAAGGAAGAGGGAGGCACAGUGGCUGCUGCCAGAUGAGGGAGGCCUGAUGUGGAGGAGAAUUUCUGCUCCUGUUCUGCAUUUAUACCCUCAUCCCUCAGCCGUGAGUGUCCGAUCUGCAUAGAUCCCUGUUAGCAAGCAAAUCAAAGCAUUGAUUAAUGGCCAGGGGACUCCAAACAACACUGGACUGGUGGAGGGGCCUGGUGCGGUGCACUGGUGAUGUCCAUACCCCUAAGCCAGGUUCAAGUCCCACCUGAUCCAAGGUACAUAAUACCAUCUCUGAACAGCUGGGUUCCAAAAAUAUCCAUAGAAUUAGUGCAGGCAUGAUGGGCCAAAUGGUCUCCUACGCUGUAAUGUUCUGUGAUUAUGGACAUACUUUGAUGAAAGAAAUUGAUGUUAUGCAUCUACAUACUAACAUAUUUCAUUCUGUGCCCUAUUUCCUUUAAACAAAUGGAUAUAGCACAAAUAAAAUGGAUGUUCACCAUGCCAACCUUUAAUAAGUAGCAUCUGUUAAGAAACCGAACUGUGAAUCUUUUAAAAACACUGAGCAGUUUCAGUCUCUUUAUUUAAUGAAGGAUGUGAAUGCAUCGGAUGUGUUUCAGAGGGGGUAUACCAGACUGAUAUGCAGAAUGAGCAGCUUAUCUUAUAGGGGGAGACUGGACGGGGUAGGAACAAAUCACUGCAGAUGCCGGAAUCUGUAUUGAAAACAACAAAUGCUGGAGAUAACAGCGGGUCAGGCAGCAGCCAUGGAGAGAGCACACUAAUGUUUCAGAGUUCUGAUAAAGAGUCAUCUAGACUCAAAACACCAGCCAGCUCUCUCUCUCCAUGGAAGCUGCCAGACCUGCUGCUAUCCCCAGCAUUUGUUGUUUCCAGUCAAAAUUGGUCAGGGCUUGUUUUCAUUGGAAUUCAGCAGAAUGAGGGAUGAUUUGAUCGAAAUUUAUAAAAUCAUGAAUAGACUUAAUAUGAUGAUAUGGAAAAGAUGUUUUCUCUUGUGGGUGAAUCCAGAACCAAGAGGUGCUGGUUUAAAAUCAGGGGUCACCCAUUUUUAACUGAGAUAGUCAUUGAGCUGUACAGCACAGAAGCAGAUGCUUCAGUCCAACUCGUCUGUGCUGACCAGAUAUCCUAAAUAAAUCUAGUCCCAUUUGCCAGCUUUUGACCCAUGUCCCUCUAAAAUCUUCCUAUUCAUAUACCCAUCCAGAUGCUUUUUAAAUGUUGUAAUUGUACCAGCCUCCAUCACCUCCUCUGGCAGCUCACUCCAUAGAUGCACUACCCUCUGCAUGAAAACUUGCCCCUUAGGUGCCUUUCAAAUCUUUGCCCUCUCACCUUAAAUUUAUGCCCUCUAGUUUUGGACUCCCCCACCCCAGGGAAAGGACUUUUUCUUUUUAACCUAUCCCUGCCCGUUAUGAUUUUGUAAACCUGUAUACAGUGACCCCUCAGCCUCCAACACUCCAGGGAAAACAGCCCCAACCUAUUCAGCCUCUCCCUACAGCUCAGACCCUCCAACCCUGGCAACAUCUUUAUAAAUCUUUUCUGAACCCUUUCAGGUUUCACAACAUCCUUCCUUUAGGAGGUACACCAGAAUUGCACACAAUAUUCCAAAAGUGGCUUAAUCAAUGUUACAGAGACUUUUUCUCUCUCUGAGGUUUGUACAACUUUGGAACUCCAUGCCUCAAAAGGAGAUGGAGGUGUGUCACUAAAUAUCUCUUGAGGUGAAUGGAUCCUUGUUAGAUAAGGGAAUCAAGGGUUAUCAAGGAUAGAUGGGAACGUGGAAUGCUAAACACACACAAAUCAACCAUGGUCUUACUGAAUGGAGGAGACUGAAUGGCCUAUUCCUGCUCCUAAUCCAUAUGUUCAUACCCUCGGAGGAGCUAAAACCAGAAUCCUUAAUUGCUUACAACUUUCUUUAUCCUUAUAUUGCACAGUUAGGCUGAUUUUUAUUUGAGGUGUGCAACACUCAAAAUCUCUCCCAUGUAAUACAUCAAUCCAUCUCUUGUUUAUAGGAAACCUCAGAACAACCACAAACUGAGCACAAGGGGCUGACUGGUCUUGUCAUGUUCCUCUCAUCUCCAUUUCCACAAAUUAGAUAAUGAUGAUGAAAUAACUGAUUGUAGGAUCUCUGCAGAGGUGCUUAAGUUGACAAAAGAUAAGUGGCAAAGAAUUAAAGCCUGUGACCACUGUGCUUAAGAAAUUACACAUAUUCGCAGUUCAAUCAGGGGAGGCAGUUCAAGCAGUCAGGUUGAACAUUAAUUGAAAUCAGUUGAGGGUUCACUGGAGGGGAGUUUGAAGAAGUAUUUGAAUUGCUUGUGCUGAUUCUACUUGACAAUUAGAAUUACUUGUAUGAAAGGAAAUAAAGAUGGUGUAUCAAAAUGAGAAGCAUCAAUCAUUAUCAGAGUAAUGUUUCCUCAAAGUAAUGAAGGCUUUGAAACUAAGAAAUGCAGUGACUCUACCAGUUAGUUCAAUAAUAGGUGACUGCAUUAUGCCUCAAUUAUUGAGGUAAUUACACACUAGAGUAUUACUGCAGUAACUGUGGGAGGCUUACGCAUGUUGCUGUUUAGCCUGGUGUGUGAAGGAGCAGCAGAGGGCAAUGGAUGUGACACAAGUGGUCAAGGAAACUUGGCUUUUGUGAAGUUGCAGCAUAAAA